AUGUCCUCCUCAAGUGCAACUAUGGAAGAUACCAGUGACGCGUCAAAACGCAAGUCCGGGAUGACCGACCUGGAAUCGGAGAGUGAUGACAGACCGAGAAAGAAGAUGAUGCUUGACUUUGAGAGGCCACUCAAAAUCGUGGUCAGAGACCCCUCUAAUGGAGGUGACCAACUUUUCCUGGUUCCAGCAAACAUUGCCUUGGCUCGAUCAGCCUUCAUACGCCAGGAGCGCUGCCAGGGGUCUACAACGGUGUUCAUUAAGAGUGAAAUUCCUCACCUCGUUAAAGCAUAUCUUCACCUCAUUUGCACCGACCAGGUCGUCUUGCAUUCGGACGAACAGGAUGUAGGUUACUGGGAGCGAUGUCAGAUAACCAUCAGACUUUAUCUGCUGGCGCAAACACUGGGCGAUUCUAUAUCUACCAACCUGAUCAUCGACCGUCUAGCGGAGUUGCUGGACUCCGAGGGCCUGCUUCUACAGCUCGUCCCCUUCAUCUAUGAGCGCACCAAGGCUGGCUCAUCUCUUCGCCGAAUUCUUGUGGACUAUGUGGUGGAGACGAUGGCCGCUGACCGCUUCGUACCGAAACUAAGCACCGAAUGGCCUCCAGAAUUUCUGUUCGAUGUAGCCGUCGAGAUGGCAAAACGGCGAGAUGUCCAAGGGCUACGUGUGGAGAAGAUCAAGGAUGGAGCCGUCGAAGAAGAGAGGGAAGCGGAAGCAAGCCGAAAAGCCAGCAGGCAGCAAGAAAGCGCGAAAACUAGCCAAUACGUCAACAGGACACAAGAAGGACAAGCCGCGAGAGGAAGCCAAGCCAGAUCGCGAGCAGAAGACAUCGCAAGAGGAAGCCAAAGAGGCAACAGCGGACGGACAAAAGACACCGGGGAGAAAGCCAAGGAGUCGGUUGAGAGCGAGCAGACGACACCGCGAGAGGAAGUCAAAGAGCCAGCAGAGCACGAGAAGACGGAAAUGGAGACUCACGCAGAGAAGCUGAUCGAGAUCCGCAGAUCCAAGAAGUUCCAAGAUCCGCCGGGCCACGUAGUCACGAUCGAAGACACGGCCCCUGUCAUACUUUGGAGCUAUCUUCGUCUCGUAAUCAAGGGCGGAAUUCUCCUUGAUGAGAAUGAAGUGUCCCUCAACGACGAGGAGCGGUGGACACGCCUGGUCAAGCUGUACAUUUUUGCGUACAAGAUGGCAGACUCUGUGUCCGUCAACGCCAUCAUCGACAAGAUCAUCGAGAUGCUGGAACGAGGCCUCCCCUCUUUUGGAGCCACCAGACUGGCCCACGAGAACGAAGCCAACGCCGCAAAUCUGUGCAAGCUCUUUGUGUCUUAUUUCGCGACCGGAGUCGAUCCUGCUGCCUUUAAGAAGAUGAGGGAGUCGUUUCGCAAGGCCGACUUGGUGGAUUUUCUUUUCGACGUGGCGGCCGCACUCAAGGAGGGAAGGAAGCAUUGGCUUGCUCACGGCGCAGCCGACUAUCACCAACAGUUCUGA